GCGGGGCACUGUGGGCCGGCGGCGGGAUGUCGGGCGGCGCGGCUCGGCGGUACGUGGCGGCGGCGCUGGGCCGGUGCCGGGCCCGCGGGCUGCCGCUGUGGGAGCCGCUGAGGGAACGGCUCCCGGGACGCGGGGCGCCGCCUCUGGGAGUUGGGGGAGGAACGGCGGCCGCCGCCGUCCUGUCGCUGUUGCCGCCGCGGAGGCACCUGUCGUCGCGCGCGGUGCUGGGGACAAGCCGCCUCUCUGCUCCUAGGAACCGUCCCGAGGGCAAAGUGCUGGAGACAGUGGGGGUGUUCGAGGCACCGAAGCAGCAUGGCAAAUACGAGACGGGCCAGCUCUUUCUUCACAGCGUGUUUGGCUAUCGAGGGAUAGUUCUGUUUCCCUGGCAAGCCAGGCUCUAUGAUCGAGAUGUUGCUUCUCCUGUCACAGAAAAGAGUGAGAACGCGGCAGGCCAUGGUUCCAAGGAGGUCAAGGGCAAAACGCAUACUUACUACCAGGUGCUCAUAGAUGCCCGGGAUUGUCCGCAUAUAUCUCAGAGAUCACAGACAGAAGCAGUGACGUUCCUGGCAAAUCAUGAUGACAGCAGGGCCCUCUAUGCCAUACCAGGUUUAGACUACGUAAGCCAUGAAGAUAUCCUUCCCUACAGCUCCACCGAUCAGGUGCCCAUCCAGCAUGAGCUCUUUGAGAGGUUUCUCAUGUACGACCAAACAAAAGUUCCACCUUUUGUAGCAAGGGAUACGCUGUGUGCGUGGCAGGAAAAGAACCACCCCUGGUUGGAGCUCUCCGAUGUGCACCGAGAAACCACAGAGAACAUCCGAGUCACAGUCAUCCCUUUCUACAUGGGCAUGAGGGAAGCCCAGAAUUCCCACGUCUACUGGUGGCGCUACUGUAUUCGCUUGGAGAACCUUGACAGUGAAGUGGUACAGCUCCGAGAACGGCACUGGAGGAUAUUUAGCUUGUCUGGCACCUUAGAAACAGUGCGAGGCCGCGGUGUUGUGGGAAGGGAGCCGGUUCUAUCCAAAGAACAGCCAGCGUUUCAGUACAGCAGUCACGUCUCCCUGCAGGCAUCCAGCGGCCACAUGUGGGGUACUUUUCGAUUUGAGAGGCCUGAUGGCUCCCACUUUGACGUCCGAAUCCCACCCUUUUCUCUGGAAAGCAACAAAGAUGAGAAGACCCCCCCGUCCGGCCUUCACUGGUAGAGCAGCUCGAGUGCCGAGACCCACGGAGAACUGCGUGUGUUGUAGACCUUUGCCUCCCCAUCAUGCUGCAGCCAGGAACACGGAGCUUUUAAACAUUUUAAACCAUGCUCGUUUUUAACUGUUGUCUAACGGGGAGGCUUUUUUUGGGACUUUAGUACUGGCUCUCUCAGGCUGCUUGUAACCAUAAGCUGUGUUACAGUUAACCCUUCCCUUCGUGGCACCUGCUGGGGUUGGAGCUGGGGGACGUAGACCUGUGCUGCCGCAGAAGAUUUCCCCUCAGCGGGCCCGGACCCUCUCCACUGUGUUGUGAAUUCUCUGCGAUGUGAGGUUUCUCUAAUAAACUGGCCCUUCCAGUUGCAA